AUGGCAGGCAACCCACAAAUAAUUGGCUCCUUUCGCUCGUCCAGCAGGGAUGGAGAGCUUUCGGGGGCCAAGCAGACCGACGGGUCGCUCUCGCGCCUGGGACUUUUACAGUACAUGUUGUUGUUUGUCAUCCCGGUGGGCCGGGUGAGGAGGCGGUGGGGGGGAGGCAGAAUUGCGUCGCCCGGUGAUGACGACAUCGCUCGGUUUUCCCGGAAGCGGAAGGAGAUAGAACACAUUGAAAAAUGCUGCCUUGAGUUGUUCAACAAAGACUAUUGCUACAGUCUGAUCCACAAUAUGAAUGGUGAAAUCUGCAGCCACUACCCCCGUCUAAUUGUCUUUUUAGAAUAUGAGAGCACUGAACAAGAGAGGCACAGAUUUGAAAGCACGGUCCAGGUGGGCAAACUGCAGGAUCUCAUCCAUCGCAGUAAAAUGGCCAGGUGCAGGGGGCGGUUUGUCUGCCCUGUUAUCCUCUACAAGGGAAAGCAUAUAUGCCGAUCAGCUACCCUGGCAGGAUGGGGAGAGCUUUAUGGGCGCACAGGAUACAACUACAUUUUCUCAGGGGGCGCAGAUGAUGCCUGGGCAGAUACAGAGGACCUGUCAGAAGAAGACUCUGCUUUCAGAAAUGCAGACUCACAGCUGUUUGACAAGGUCCGAGGUCAUGACAUCAAGCUUUUGCGGUACCUGUCUGUUGCAUACAUUUGCGACUUGAUGGUGGAAAAUAAGAAAGUGAAGUUCGGCCUGAAUGUGACAUCUUCUGAAAAGGUGGAUAAAGCGCAGCGCUAUGCCGACUUCACUCUCCUCUCUAUCCCAUACCCAGGCUGUGAAUUUUUCAAGGAGUAUAAAGAGCGGGAUUACACGGCAGAAGGGCUUGUUUUUAACUGGAAGCAGGAUUAUGUAGAUGCACCUCUUAGCAUUCCGGUCUCUCUCACCAAGUCAUUAAAUAUUGAUUGGAGUGAGUAUCAGAGCUGGGAUCUUGUGCAGCAGACGCAGAACUACCUGAAACUUCUGAUCUCUCUUAUCAAUGGAGACGAUGACAGCGGGCUCCUGGUGCACUGUAUAUCCGGCUGGGACAGGACGCCACUCUUCAUUUCCCUCCUGCGCCUCUCCCUCUGGGCUGAUGGGCUGAUCCACCGAUCCCUGGAACCUGCAGAGAUUCUCUACCUGACGGUGGCCUACGAUUGGUUCCUCUUUGGGCACAUGUUAGUGGAUCGGCUAAGUAAAGGAGAGGAGAUUUUCUUUUUCUGCUUCGAUUUUCUGAAGCACAUCACCUCUGAGGAGUUCUCUGCCGCCAAGCAGCUGAGAAGGAAAAGUCUGCCACCUGGAUUCACCUUGGAAGAGAUCUGUAUGCUCAAGCAAGGGGACCGGGGCAGCACCACCAGUCUCAGCAGCGAUUUUUCUCUUGUGAUGGAAAAUUCCCCUGGAGCUGCUGGAAGCUUCACAUAUGAAGCCGUGGAGCUCAUGCCAGCGGGAUCCCAAACACAGGCUGCUUGGAGGAAAAACUGUGCCUCAUCCCCUCAGACGGUCCUGUGGAGUCGGAUGCAGCCAUCCGAGGACAGGAUACCUUGGCAGGCCACGCUGGAAGCAAGAUCCUCCAGCUCCUCCUCUUCCAAUCACUCGGAGAGCUUCUCAAGGCUGGGCAGCAGCCCCUUAGAAGUCCCCAAGGCCAGAUCGGCUGACCAUUCUUUGCCGGGAUCCUCCAUCUCUACUGACUUUGGCAGCUGGCAGAUGGUCACAGGGAGUGGCAGUCUACAGGCAGACUCUGCCCUCCCUGGCAGCUUCCUGGAUGAGCUCCCUAACCAUUCUUUGCUGGUGACGUUGACAGAGCGGGAGUCCCGUCUGGAGGAAGUGCGUUCCACGUUCUUGGCUGCCUACAGCAGCACAGUGGGCUUGAAGCCUGUGUCGCCGAGCCCGUCGGGAGCCAUUGGUGGCCUUCUGGAGCAGUUUGCCCGGGGCGUUGGACUCAGAGGAAGCAGUGUGCUUUGACACCUCCCCCCCACAGCACCUCCCUGCGGGUUGCUUUCUACUCUGAAAAAUGAAGGAACCUCAAAGCCAUGAGAGCCCAAGCACCAGCUUUCCAGUCUGGAACAGAACCUUGGGCCAUGUUCUCUGUGAUGCUGGCUGCACUGCCCCGACUGCCGGUUCUUUUGGGUUCAUCUGACUGUGAUCUCAGCCUCAGUUGCCUUGGGCUGGACUGGUUUUCCACUGGAAACUGGGAAGAGGGGGCUCCCCACACACUCAUGCAGGACUUGGGUAGCUCUGACAAAUCACCACAGUAAAAUGUGUCAAAACACGCAA